UCCCUCCCCUUGCAUGGGCAGCAGCCACCACCCUCAAACCUCGCCCUCACUCCUCCGUCUCCACUCGUCCUGGCUUAGCUCUCUCUAUCUCUCUCUCUCUCUCUCUCUGCUCUUGUUGCACCUCAAGAACUCAACCAGAACGCCUCUUCUCUCUCUCUCGCUCUCCCAAGUUUCCUAACAGUCCUCUCCACCAACCUGCCAAACUCCAUACUUUCGGUUGGGCACUUGACUUAUAAAUUGAGGAGCCUGCCAUGAAGCCAUCACUGGUGCACUGCUUCAAGCUGCUCCUGCUGCUUGCACUCGGCGGGGUGACCAUGCACGUGCCCGACGCGGACGUGCUCUCCUCCCUCGGGGCGCUGCGCCUCGACGGCCAUUUCAGCUUCCAUGAUGCCUCGGCCAUGGCGCGGGACUUUGGCAACCGGUGCAGCUUGCUGCCGGCCGCCGUGCUCCACCCUGGCUCGGUGUCCGAUAUUGCCACGACCGUGAGGCACGUGUUCUUGCUGGGCGAGAACUCACCGCUCACCGUCGCGGCGCGGGGGCACGGGCACUCACUCAUGGGUCAGUCCCAGACUGCCGGGGGCAUCGUCGUCCGGAUGGAAUCACUCCGGGGUGACAGGAUGCAGGUGCACGACGGCACUUCGCCGUUUGUCGACGCACCCGGAGGAGAGCUAUGGAUCAACGUACUCCGGGAGACGUUGAAGUUCGGCCUGGCGCCCAAGUCGUGGACCGACUAUCUCCACCUCACAGUCGGUGGCACGUUGUCAAAUGCAGGGGUCAGCGGGCAGACGUUCCGGCAUGGACCGCAGGUCAGCAAUGUCAAUCAACUGGAGAUUGUGACAGGAAGGGGAGAUGUUCUCACCUGCUCACCCGAGGAGAACUCAGAUCUCUUCUAUGCUGCCCUUGGCGGUCUGGGUCAGUUCGGGAUCAUCGCCAGAGCAAGGAUUGCUCUUGAGCCUGCUCCAAAGAUGGUGAGGUGGAUAAGAGUUAUUUACUCGGACUUUGCAAGCUUCACCGAGGACCAGGAGAUGCUGAUUAUGGCAGAGAACACCUUUGACUACAUUGAAGGUUUUGUCAUCAUAAACAGGACAGGCAUCCUGAACAAUUGGAGGACAUCGUUCAAGCCGCAGGACCCAGUCCAAGCAAACCAUUUUCAGUCGGAUGGAAGAGUUCUAUACUGCCUCGAGCUAACAAAGAACUUCAACAAUGAUGAGGCUGAUAUCAUGGAACAUGAAGUUAGUGCACUUCUAUCACGGCUUAGAUACAUUCGGUCUACUCUAUUCCACACCGAUGUCACAUACAUGGAAUUCUUGGAUAGGGUGCACACUUCUGAGGUGAAGCUGAGGGCACAAGGCCUCUGGGAAGUCCCACACCCAUGGUUGAAUCUCCUAAUCCCUAGGAGCAAUAUCCACAAAUUUGCAAAGGAAGUCUUUGGCAAGAUCCUGAAAGACAGCAACAAUGGUCCCAUACUGCUUUACCCAGUGAACAAAUCAAAGUGGGACAACAAAACGUCGGUAGUCAUACCAGAUGAGGAAAUUUUCUACCUGGUGGGGUUCCUAUCUUCAGCACCGUCUCUCUCAGGUCACGGCAGCGUCGCACAUGCAAUGAACCUGAACAACCAAAUAUUAGAGUUUUGUGAAGAGGCCGAUAUUGGGAUGAAACAGUAUCUAGCACCAUACAGCACGCAGCAGCAGUGGAAAGCCCACUUUGGAGCAAGGUGGGAGACAUUUGAACGGAGGAAACACAAGUAUGAUCCCCUAGCCAUCGUAGCACCAGGACAGAGAAUAUUCCCAAAGGCGUCACUGCCGUUGUCCUUGUAGAGCAUAUGUUGUACAAAAGUGUAGGUAAAAGUAUCCCCUGUAAAGACAAGAUUGUGGAAGGUAGUCUGAAGAACACAGCAUAGCGACUUAGUGUCCCAAGAUACCUCAAAGCAGUACUUCAAACUA